AUGCCAAGUCAAAACGCCAACAAGCGCGGCAAUGGCGCAGACAAGAGCAACGGCGGUGCACAGCAGAGCAGCCAGGGUCACCAGAUCAUCGAACCUCCCAACAUCGAAUUUGAAUACCACGGAGACCCCAUCGACGCCAAGCACUGUCACUGCACGCAGUGCCAACGUCUGCACGGUGCCCCUUUCCAAUGGGCUGCGCUCUUCCACAAGACAUCGGUCCGACUCGCAAAGCACUGCGAUCCACUCAACUUGGACUUCUUUAGCACUCAGGAGGGUCACAGCGAGCACAGCGUUCCGUGCAAGAUCAGCUGCAGGAACUGUCGAAGUCCCAUGGCCUAUCCUUCCUCCUUUGUGUUCAAGGACCACGUCGUCCCCCCGGCAUUCGCCCCAACCGCGCACAUUUUCUACGGUGAACGUGUGAUGGAUCUCGACGACGACAUUCCCAAGUGGGCAGGUCACAAGAACUCGUCGGAGCAGCUUCCACAUGCACCCAAGGACAGCACGGAUCGUACCAUGGGCAAAGGUAAACGACACAAGGUCGAGCGAGAGUAG